AACAUUCUGGCGCAACUGUUUAUAAGCAUGUCAUAACCUUAAAAAAAUGUUAGCGAGUAAACUUUUAAAAUGUGUUUUGCCACAAAUUGAUUUAACUGCAUCAUUUAAAAACACAAGACAUUUUUUUCCAAAUUUACCUCGUACGACGGAGAAAAAAGUAGGAACAAAAAUAUGGAGACCUAUGAUUUUACCAGAGCCGGGAAAAGGAGGCAAAGCUUUCCGACGUAUUGUGCAUUUCAAAGAUCACUACACAAUUGAACCUUUAAAUGUUACAAAUCUUGCUGGAAGAGAUCCCUAUACAGGCAGAUUAGUUUGCAAGGGCAUUGGUGGAGGCAUUAAGCACAAGUACCAUCAAAUUCAAUGGUUGAGAGAUGGUCCAACCGAGGGACCACCAAAAGAAGAGAAAAUACUGAAAAUUUUCAAAGAUGGUUGUCGAACAGCAUACGUUGCUCUCGUUGCCUCUGGCACUGAACUCAAAUACAUUGUUGCAAGUAACAGUAUGAAGGAGGGCGAUAUCAUAAGAACGACACGAAAUAUUCCUCGAAAUCCAAUAAAGCCAAAGGAAGGUGACGCACAUCCCUUGGGCGCACUUCCAGUAGGUAUUUCUGUGCAUUGCGUGGAAAAAUACCCCGGCAAGGGUGCCGGAAUUUUAAAAGCUGCCGGUGUUAGGGGCACAAUAAUGCGAAAGGACGGCGACAAUCGUAUGGUCAUUCGACUGAACGGCAAACGACCCAUUGAAUAUAGUUUCGAUAAUCAUUGUCUAGCGGUGGUUGGUCAAGUUUCAAAUCCAAAACAUGGAUCAACACACAUUGGUAGUGCGCAACGUAAUCGAGAAUUGGGCAACAGGCCGAGAAGUGGACUUAAGCAGAAGAAAACCGGUCGACAUGGUCGUAAAUUAAAGGCCAUGAAACCUCUAGUAAGAUUACAAAAAAGAACUCCAGAUCAACAUUCUAGGAAACUAUUCACUUUAACUGGAUUUUAAUUUGUAUUCUAUUGCUAAGAAUUAAAUAUAUAAUUUAUAUAGUA